AUGGCAACGACUCUAACCCUCAGAGCGAUCUAUUACCUCAGCUUCAAGGCCAACUCAAUCAAUCCCUUUGACAUUGGACAUCUCACCCUCGAGAUCUUGGCACUUCUGGUCAUCAUGAACAUGCCUCUACGAAAUCCAUUCUGGGGCUCCUCAAAUAUCGGAAACGCCAAGGCCGCUCCAUCGAACCACGUCCGAAGUCCAGAAGAUAACCUCACCCUCUUCCAAUUCUGGACCAUGAGAUGGGUGGACCCCCUAUCAAAGAUUGCCCAGGAACGAGAAAUCGCCAUCCAAGACGUCUGGCAGCUCCCCUAUGAGUUUCAGCACUGGAGACUGCACCAGGUAUUCCGAACGCUCAAGGGCAAGCUUCUUCCUUGUCUCAUCGAAGCAAACGGUCUGGAUCUUCUCAUCGGCACAUUCGCAGCUAUCCUGGAACGGGUCGCUGAAGUUUCCAAUCUUCGUCUCACAAGCAAGCUCUAUCAAUCUCUCGACAAGAACGACCCUGCAGAAGCUGGGCUCUGGUGUGUCGUUAUUCUCAGCAUCGACACUGUUCGUCAAAUCGCAAGGACAUCUUCAGGAUGGUACUCCCGCAAGGCCUACGAACGAAGUCGCGGUGAGACUUUCAUCGGUCUCUUCAGCAAACUCCUCACAAGAGCCGUCCCAGGAUCCGAAAUGACAGAAAAAGACCCUUCAGCAGAUACUCAACAGAGCAGUCCUUCUUCAAACCGCUUUCGCAGGUUCUUCAACAAAUGCUGCGGUCGCAACAAGUCCAGAUCAGCAGAGAAACCAGCACCAGACCAUCAAGCCUCAAACGCAAAGGUAGUCAACCUAAUCCGUGGCGAUACCUAUGAGAUAUCCCAGCGAUUCUGGGAGUUUCCGCGCGUCGUUGCAACGCCCAUCAAAGUCAUCGUCACAAUCUACUAUCUGAUCGACAUAAUGGGCUGGCCAUCUUGCGUCGGCUUCGGAUUCAUGGUCAUCUUCCUCAUCUGCAAUUCCCUCCUUGUUCGUCAGGUCAUCAAACUUGAACGUCAACGAACAGGACAUUCCGAUCGGAGGGCUCAGGCUGUUGCGCAUUUUGUAGAGGCUAGUCGCCCGCUUAAGCUCAAUGGCUGGACAUCCUCAUGGAGAGAUCGCAUUUUGAGAUUUAGAGAUGUCGAGAUGAGGAAGCGGUUUCAUAUUUCUAUGGUCAAUGCUACCAUCUCCACGAUCAAUGUCUUUGGCGGUGCGGUUUAUCCGUUUGCGAGUAUCUGUUUGUACACACUCAUCCUUGGACGCGGUCUCCCCAACGACGUUAUCUGGCCUUCACUACAGCUCUUUGCACAGCUUGAAGCUAGUACCCGCGAAGCUUUCGAUCUUAUCUCUGCAGUGUGGAAGUGCACUAUCCCCGUCGAGCGCGUCAACAAAUACAUGUCCGAACCCGACCGAGACGAGGACGCCUUCAGCGGCUGUGAAGCGCGCGAUAUCGAGUUCCACAAAGCAAGUUUCGCACGCCCCUCAACAGACCAUCUCGUUCUUCGCGACUUAACCCUCAAGUUCUCAGCGGGUCUGACUGUGGUGCGCGGCAAAGUUGGCUCAGGCAAAUCUAGUCUAUUGCUUGCGAUCCUCAACGAGCUGGAGCACAAGAGCGGUCACUUCUCAAGAGCUGAUGAACCCAUCUCGUAUGCGCAGCAGCUCCCGUGGUUGCAGAAUAAGAGCAUCAGAGAUAACAUUACGUUCCAUGAAUCGUUCGAUAGCGCAAGAUAUCGGGAAGUUAUUAGUGCUUGUGCGCUGAUUCCUGAUUUCGCAACCUUUCCUAUGGGUGAUCAAACCAAGCUUGAGGAGGGCGGUAUCGGCCUUUCUGGCGGUCAAAAGGCGCGUGUGGCUCUGGCGAGGGCAGUCUACAGUAGUUGUCGAAUUGUUCUUCUGGACGACCCUCUUGCAGCUUUGGAUCAUGAUACGGCGAGUUAUAUUGUUCAGCGCUUCCUUUGCGGACCCCUGGCUAAGACCCGAACAAUUGUCCUCGUCACUCAUCGCGAUGAUCUCGUUCUUCGACACGCCGACCAAGUUAUCGAUAUAAACGAUGGCUACGCCCAUGUUCUCACUCCAACGGAACUCAAAGAAGAGCUCGACCAUCCUCAUCUCUUCAACUCCGGCCCUGCUGAAGUUCAACCUCACGAAAUGCCUAAUGAGCAUGUAUCGGAAGAACAUCCAAGCGACAAGGGUCUUCCUGAAGAAGUUACUGAGACAGGAGCUAUCCCUAUUGGCAUCUAUCUUAGAUACAUGGGUGCAGGAGGAUGGCACCUAUGGGUAUUUCUAUCUUUGUUCUAUGCAUUAUCGCGAUACUGCGAUAUUGCGCGAGCACGACUUCUUGAAGCAUGGGGCCAUGAAUCUGCAAACUUAGAGACUCUCAUCGAAAGCGAAUAUUGGGGUUUGCCUAACCCCAACCAAAAUCCUCGUCCAUGGCUAUACGUUCUCGCGGGUCUAUCGAUCGCCCAGAUUCUCUCAUACGCCUCGGCCCAAGUUCUCCUCGCUUCGAUCAGCAUCCGCGCAGCUCAACGGCUCUUCAGAAUCGCCAUCGACAGAGUUAGUAAGGCCUCAUUCCGGUACCACGAUACCACACCGACAGGCCAACUCAAAAACCGUCUCAUCUCCGACAUGGGCAUGGUCGAUGGUGGAAUUCUCGCACCCCUCGAACAAUUCGUCUUCAACCUGGUCGCUCUCUCUCUGAGUCUCUUCGCUAUCAUGACACAUCAGAUCUUCCUUGUAGCGGUUAUCUUUGUUGUCGCUGUUCUGUUCGCAUACUUCUACCGUAUAUACGUCCCCGCUUCGCGCUGCCUACGCCGAAUGGAGAUGCGAUAUCUGACUCCUAUCAUCGCCAACAUUGGAGUCAUGCAAGAUGGUCUUGUAACAAUUCGUGCUCUCAAGGUCGAGAGCCGCUUUCAAAAUAAGCACUUGGAAGCUGUUGACGACUUCCAAAAGCACGAUCAUUUCUUCUGGAGUAUGACGUUCUGGCUCGACUUUAGACUCGGUAUGUCUUCAGCCAUCAUGCGAACCAUCCUCGUUCUCUCCAUGGUAUAUAUGGGCACACCAGCUAGUGCAGUCGGUUUUGUUCUGACGCAGACCAACAUCGCCAUGAUUGCUGUUCAACAGCUAUGCGAGAAGUUUGCGGCUCUCCAGCUCGAUGCCGUGUCGCUCGAACGAGUUGAUGCUCUGAACCGUAUCCCUGAAGAACCCAGCGGUGAUAUCGAGCCUCCCCAAGACUGGCCCAGGCCAUGCGAUAGUGUACGCUUCCAGGAUAUGUCAUUCAAGUACGCCGAUGACCUCCCCUCCGUGCUGGACAACGUAUCAUUCGAGAUCCCUGGUGGUUCAACGUGCGCAGUUCUCGGCCGAACAGGCUCAGGAAAGUCCACCAUCGCAAACGCUCUCCUAGUUACACAAGCCCCUUACUCUGGCGCCGUCUCAAUCGGAAGCAUCGAUCUCGCCCACAUCAACCGUGCAGCCCUCCGCAAUCGCGUAACGUUCAUCCAACAAGAUCCAAUCCUCUUCCCGGGCACACUACACGACAACAUCGACCCAGAAGCCAAGUUCUCCGACCAAGAUUGCACAAACGCAAUCCAUCGGGUUCUCGGUACUGACUGGGGUCUCGAAACCCGCAUCGACGCAGGCGGAAAGAACCUCAGUCAGGGACAGAGACAGCUCGUGGGUAUAUGUCGAGCUGUACUGCGACGAAGUGGCCUUGUCAUCCUUGACGAAGCGACAGCGUCAAUCGAUCGUGGGACAGCAGCGAUGGUGCAGAGGAUCCUUAGGCAGGAACUCAGAGAGAGCACUGUCAUCACGAUUGCGCAUCGGUUGGAGGCUGUAGAGGAUGCGACGUGGUGCUUGAGAUUGGACAGAGGAAGGGUGGUUGAGUGCGGGCCUGCGAAUAAUAUAGGGGGAAGUGCUGGGGAGGCGGCGGAUAUCUAA